UUACAUAACCGCGAUACUUCUUAACCUGUCAAGUAUCAAUACAAACAUAACCUAAAAAUCUAUUUCAUUUUUAAUCUGGGAAGUUUUGCCAAAAAAUCUAUCAUAUUAUGGUAAUUUAAUACAUAUAUAAACAAAAAUAUCCUUAAAGAAAUACACAGGGACCAAAUUGUACUCAAUGCAUUUAUCUACAAAAUUAAAGUUUAGAAGAAAUGUUUUACCUAAAAACAAGCAAGAUUUUUUCUUUACAUCAUUUGCAAUAAUUGCUAUUCCUCUUGUGUACUGGUUUGAAAUAUUUAUAGUAUUACCACACAUAUAUCGAGAUAACCCAAGUGUUAUUUGGCCCAUCAUUCAUACAGUUAUGGGCACUUUCAUCAGCGUAAACAUAAUUGGUAACCUUUUUGCUUUAAUUUUCUUUGACACAAGUAUAACAGGUGUAAUUUUAAAAUCAAAAUCGGAAUGGAUUUUAUGUCCUAUUUGUGAAACUAUGGUUCCACCUCGCUCAUGGCACUGCACUGAGUGUAAUGUUUGCAUAUUAAAACGAGAUCAUCACUGUUCAUUUUGUAGUAAUUGUAUUGGUUAUUUUAACCAAAGAUAUUUUAUUCACUUUUUAAUUUAUGUUUUUAUAGCAACUUUGUAUGCAUCGUUUUACAAUUUUUAUUUUAUAUACGAGUUAAGUGAAUUUAAGUCUUGGAAAAUGUGGUUAAAUGUAAUUUUUCCACUUGCUAUGUUAAUGUUCGAUUACAGUAUAAAACAAUUUUAUAUGUUUUUGAGUUUGAUAGUUCUUGUUAUGUGUGCAUAUUCAGGCGUUUUAUUGGUUUUUCAUGUAAAGUUAUUGCUAAGGGGUGUUGUUGUACAUGAACGUAAACUUGGAGAUGUAUAUAAUUUAGGUAAAAUUGAGAAUAUUAAGGAAGUGUUUGGGAAUAGAUGGCAAAUAUCUUGGAUUUCACCACUUAUUCAGAGUACUUUAAGUGGGGAUGGACAAAGCUUUAAAAGUGGUCGUAAAAAUGAAUAGUAUUUAAACAAUAUUUGUUAUAAUCAAGUUUUGUAAGAUAAACAAUGUUAAUAAAAAGUAUAAUACAAAA